AAGGCCUAAGGUUGUUUCCCAGCUUUCUGGAGUCCUGAAUGACAGCUCCCCUGGCUUCAUAGCAUAAGGGCUCGUUCACAUUUCGUUGAUGGAUUUCAUACCGAACCCGUCCCCAUUUAAACUCGCAGCGGGAAACACGCUGCAGGUUCGCUAUCAAAUCUGCCCAUGUGAACGAGCCCUUAUACUGCAUCAUUGCAUGAAUGAUGCUGAUUUGCUCUUCGGGAGUCUGGGAAAGGAGUGCGGCUAAGAUGUGAGGGGAUUGUCUGACGAUAGAAAUGUCAUCAUGUGACUAUGGCGUCUUCUUGACCCACGCAACUUUUUAAUUUUUUUUCAAAAAAAUGAAGACGACAAGCGCAGCAGGGAUGAGAACAGAGAUGAUACAAAUCAGCUGGAUAUGGAUUACUGCAUUCAUAAUCGCACCAAGUCACUCUGAAGAUAUCCCCAGAAUAAAAAAUCUGGACUGCGUGAACGACUUCGAUAAAAAAAUGGUUUGUUUUUGGGAGGUCGAGAAUGGAAACACCAACUGCAGUUCGGAUUUCCAGCUAAAAUACACAAACUUUGAAGAGACUUUGUAUUGUCAGGAUCUAGAUAAUGAAUAUGAUGGGAACUUCCGAGUACCCAGUAAAUGUAUCUGCAAUAUCACCAGGACUACGUUCAUAAUCUCUGAAUCUUUUGUCAUAGAAGUUGAAUCACAAGGGCAAAGUCUUUUCAAUACAACCAUAAAUAUCAUGUCUUCUGUUAAACCAAAACCUCCAUCAAACUUACAUGUGAACCUCACAGACCCAGAAUAUGGGGUCGUACUCUGGAAAUCCAAUAAUGAAGGCCAAUUCAUUGAAAAAUGGCUGACCUAUCGUAUCCAGUUUAUCUCCAAGGAACGUGGCAAACUGGAAUUAGAAGAUUUAAUUGAACAAUUAAAUCCUCAAUACACGUUUAGUUGGAGGCAGCUGACCCGGGGCCUUGAGUACAGAGUGAGAGUGAGGACGAAAUAUGAAGGGCAAAGAAAGGAAAUCUGGAGUGAAUGGAGUCCAGAAGUUGAGUUCAGAAACGAUUAUAACCUAACUGUAAUGGAAAAGAUGUGGUUUAUCAUCCCAGCAUUGUGCGCCAUUGUAUUACUACUCAUUGUAUCCUGCUACUUCGGCAUCAUCAGAAUCAAGAAAAGAUGGUGGAAUAACAUCCCAGACCCGGCAAGAAGCAAACUAGCCGAGAGCAAUCUGAUCCCGAAAAAUCUGAAACCAGCUGGAAAGCCUACUGCCAGAAAAUGGUGUGGCAAUUGGUUAAGUCAGCUGGUGAAAGCCCAUAAGAAGUCCAAGUAUGAACAAUUCACCAGGGAACAUCCAGUCAACGAGAGUGUAACCAUCCUAGGAAAAAAUAGGAAAACAAUUAUUUUUGAACCAGAGAAAGUUGAUAUUGAAAGCUUAAUUCACCUGUAUCCUAGAGUAGAGGACAAGGUGUAUCAGGAGGACUCACCAGAAGAUAAGGAGGAGGACUUUCAUCUGAUGACCACUGACUUGUCUAUUGGAAGGAUGUUUUGUGAUAUCUUAUGUGAUUCAUCUAUGAAGGUGGAAGAACUGGAGCAGCUUAAUGUGGAUGACACCUUUGGGUGCUCAAUCCUAAGGGAUCAUUUUCAUAAAACUGAUAGACAUCUGCCACUUUCCAUGGUCUCCCAAGAAUCUGGAUACCAAAGUUAUGAUUCCGAUGAUUCCCCAGGAGAUUCCAAAUCAGAUGGGCCAAAUAUCCCUUACCUUGACCAUCCUAUCAGUCAAGGGGACUUUUUGCCGUAUGCUUCAACAUCCAGCAUCAAUAAGAGUAGCUCUCAAAUAGAAGAUGUGUUCGUAAAUUCUGGCUACAACAGCUUUGCUAAUGCUUUAGCAGAAGCUGCAUUCGAUAUUAUGGAAAGAGACAACAUAUUAGUCUUCUCCAUGGACUCCUUGAAUUACAAACCCAGCUACAACCAUUCUUUGCAGAAUCCAAAAAGUAUUUUAUAUUACAACAGAAGAUGUUUUCCUUAUGCUGAUGAUCUUCAAGCAACCAUGACUCCGACAUCUGAUCAUACAAUAGAUACUUGUCCCCCUUCUGUAUCUGAAGUACCUGGAUAUCAGAGCUUUAACCAGGCCAUUGAACAAGGAGAUACAUCUAUGUGCAUUGUUUUUGAUUCUGGGUACAAGCCUUUUGAAUACCCUACACAUAUCUCUACAAACAGUUUAGACAAUAUGGAGGGUUUGUCUGAGCUUCCUAUUCCAUGUCCUUACCAAGACCAAGUUAAAAACCAAGAAGACCUUCCAAAGAGUGGAAUGGCCAGUGGAUGGACAGAUCUGUGGAACGACACCCAAAGUUCCGAUUUCAACUUAGCAGAGUUCAACUUUUUUGAUAAGAAAUAUCCAUUCCGUACGGGGAUGUUAGGACACGAACACAGGGAUUCCAUAAAUCACGCUGCAGACAUUCAUUAUGGCAUUAAUAGGACAUUACCAAAAGCCGAUAAUCCUCUGGCUUUAACAUUUGACAUAAGUGAUCAUAUGAGGAAUUUUGCAAACAUGCAUGGAUCUAAGACAUCACUGGGCUUAGAAUUUGUUGGACUCCCAACAGAUCUUAUUUCUUUCCCAUGUUCUCUGGAAGAGAAACAAAUCAUUUGUGAUGAUCUCCUGGAUAAGAACUGUCUUCAUACUGACAAGGACAUUCCAAUGAAGUUUGAGAACAAGUCGUAUUUUGUCCCUCAUCAUUAUUUAAGAGCGAGAGGUUACAGCAAAACAGAAAGUCACUUAUUAGUACAGAAAAACAGUAUAGACGAAGAAGGCAAUUUGUAUAUGAAAAUAACAUUAUUGGAAACAUAAAGGAAAUAAAAAAAGGCAUAUAUCAAAAAAAAAAGGAAUAUCAAAUACAACAAAAACAGCUGUUUCACUGAACUGUUUAUUAGAGAUAUGAGAUCAGAGUGAUGGCUUUAAAGGGAUACUCACCUGGAAAACAUUUUUAUUAAUCAACUGGUGCCAGAAGAUGUAACAGAUUUGUAAACUACUUCUAUUUAAAAAUCUUAAUCCUUCCAGUACUUAGCAGCUGAUGUAUACUCCACAGGAAGUUCUUUUCUUUGUGAAUUUCCUUUCUGUCUGACCACAGUGCUCUCUGCUGACACCUCUGUCCAUUUUAGGAACUGUCCAGCAUAGGAUAGGUUUGCUACUGGACAGUUAGCAGCUGAUAAGUACUGGAAGGAUUAAGAUUUUUAAAUUUAAGUAAUUUACAAAUCUGUUUAAUUUUUUGGCACCAGUUGAUUAAAAAAAAAAAAAAAAAGUUUUCCAGUGGAGUACCACUUUAAUACUUUGCACACUGGGCACUCUACCUGCAAAUCUUUAUAGCAAGCUCAGUGGCACCAUUUCCAUUUACUAUAUACAGUACAAGGACAGCUGAUCAGGGCAACAAUAUAUAUAGUGAGCAACCACCAACACAAUGCAUAAAAAAAAAAAAAUUUCUAAGGAAUCUUUUAACAGGGAAAGGAGGAGCCAGCUGGGACCAACCCGGAGGACUCCAAGCCCCAUUUUCAGACAGUUUUAAAGGGGUACUCCGGCCCUAAGAUAUCUUAUCCCCUAUCCAAAGGAGUACCCCUUUAAACUAUGAGUACUUAAAAUGCUGUAGCAUUUGAAAACAAAUAAUGGAUGUAAUAUGAGAGCCUGUGGUUCGGACAGCAUGAUACCAAUAACAGGUACCUUUAUCCUUUAUUCUAUUGGUCAGUGCCAAAAUGGCAAAAUAUGUAGCUUUUUUUUUUAUUUUUAUUUUUUACUACCUUUGCAAAAUAAUAUCACGUUCUAUAAAAAAAAAAAAACAUUAUCUGUGCUGGGGAAGAACAUUAGUUGUCAUGAGGAAGAACAUUAUCUGGGAUGGGGGAGAGAAUAUUAUCUGUCAUGAGGGAGAACAUUAUCAUUAUCUGUGAUGGCAGAAAGAACAUUAUUAUGAUGGGGGAAAACAUUAUCUGUGAUGGGAGAGAGAACAUUAUCUGUAAUCGGGAGAACAUUAUCUGUGCUGGGGAAGAACAUUAUUUGUCAUGAGGAAGAACAUUAUCUGCGAUGGGGGAGAGAAUAUUAUCUGUCAUGAGGGAGAACAUUAUCAUUAUCUGUGAUGGGAGAAAGAACAUUAUUAUGAUGGGGGAAAACAUUAUCUGUGAUGGGAGAGAGAACAUUAUCUGUAUUGGGGAGAACAUUAUCUGUGCUGGGGGAGAACAUUAUCUGUGCUGGGGAAGAACAUUAUUUGUCAUGAGGAAGAACAUUUUCUGCGAUGGGGGAGAGAGUAUUAUCUGUCAUAAGGGAGAACAUUAUCUGUGAUGGGAGAAAGAACAUUAUUAUGAUGGGGGAAAACAUUAUCUGUGAUGGGAGAGAGAACAUUAUCUGUAUUGGGGAGAACAUUAUCUGUGCUGGGGGAGAACAUUAUCUGUGCUGGGGAAGAACAUUAUUUGUCAUGAGGAAGAACAUUUUCUGCGAUGGGGGAGAGAGUAUUAUCUGUCAUGAGGGAGAACAUUAUCUGUGAUGGGAGAAAGAACAUUAUUAUGAUGGGGGAAAACAUUAUCUGUGAUGGGGAGAGGAGCAUUAUCUGUGAUGUAGGAGAACAUUAUCUGCGAUGUAGGAGAACAUUAUCUGCGAUGUAGGAGAACAUUAUCUGUAAUGAGGAGAACAUCAUCUACGAUGGGGGAAAACAUUAUUUGUGAUGGGGGGGCAAUACCCUGCACUGUACAGAAAGUAAGCAUAGUGUUGAUAGGCCUAGCACAGAAAACAAGUGCUGCACUGUGCAGCAUGAAAGAUUUUAGCAGUACAAUUACAGAGUUAACGCCUCGGCCCAAUGGAGGAUCCAACACUGAAUGGAAAAAAAAAAAAAAGAAGAAGAAUUAGAAGUAUAUACUUCUAGCUCCCAAUGUGCCUAAAGCCUGUCAUGUGGGUGUUCCUUAAGGAUCAUAGAAGUAUACUCAUAGGUGGCAUCGGAGAAGGAUACUCAACACUGGCAGACAUGAGAAAUGAGAUUGGAGAAAGGAGGCGAGAGUAGAGAAUUAUUUGUGUAUACUCAUAUGCAUUUGGGUGGCCAAGUGACCAUCUCCACUAUGGCUGUCUAUGAUUACAAUUUCCUGUUCGCAGUUAUAGUAGGAAGAGCAGCUCUGGAGCAAAAACUGCUGCUUUAACAAGUGUAAUACUGAGCAGAAUGAGAAAAUAGCAUCUCUUUGCCCCAAGAAGCAAAAUAAAAUACAUUAAAUAUCUCAGGAAUGGAAGAUCUAAAACAAAUAUGAUAAUGCUAUGAAAUACUGGUUUAUAUAGAAAGUUUGUAAUUGAUCAGUAUUGGUGUGUUGUGUCACAUGUAGCUUUUUCUGAUUCAUACUGAAAUAUAUACCAUGUUGUGUCCAUUAGCAAUAAAGUUAAACUGUCA